UGCGGGGCGGCGGGCGCAGGUCGGAUUUCCUCCGAGAGUGGCGAUCGGAGAAGCUCCCACAGAGCUUGCUGCAGCCGCCCCGCUCCGCGCCCUCUGGGAACCGGGACAGGACCGUGAUGUGGACACGCUGGCUCGCGCUCGCGGUGGUGGCGGCGGCCUGGGUCCGCGCGGAGGAAGAACUGAAGAGUAAAUCCAAGAUCUGUGCUAAUGUGUUCUGUGGAGCCGGCCGGGAAUGUGCAGUCACAGAGAAGGGAGAGCCCACCUGCCUCUGCAUUGAGCAAUGUAAACCUCACAAGAGGCCUGUGUGUGGCAGCAACGGCAAGACCUACCUCAACCACUGUGAGCUGCAUCGAGAUGCCUGCCUCACGGGAUCCAAAAUCCAGGUUGACUAUGAUGGACACUGCAAAGAGAAGAAGUCUGUAAGUCCCUCUGCCAGCCCUGUCGUUUGCUAUCAGUCCAACCGUGAUGAGCUCCGGCGCCGCAUCAUCCAGUGGCUGGAAGCAGAGAUCAUUCCAGACGGCUGGUUCUCCAAGGGCAGCAACUACAGUGAAAUCCUGGACAAGUACUUUAAGAACUUCGAUAAUGGUGACUCUCACCUGGACUCCAGUGAAUUCCUGAAAUUUGUGGAGCAGAAUGAAACCGCCAUCAACAUCACCACCUACGCAGACCAGGAGAAUAACAAGCUGCUUAGAGGACUCUGUGUCGACGCUCUCAUUGAACUGUCUGAUGAAAAUGCUGACUGGAAACUCAGCUUCCAAGAGUUCCUCAAGUGCCUCAACCCAUCCUUCAACCCUCCAGAGAAGAAGUGUGCCCUGGAGGAUGAAAUGUAUGCCGACGGAGCGGAGACCGAGGUGGACUGUAACCGCUGCGUCUGUGCCUGCGGAAACUGGGUCUGCACGGCCAUGACCUGUGACGGAAAGAAUCAGAAGGGGGUCCAGACCCAGACAGAGGAGGAGAUGACAAGAUAUGUCCAGGAGCUCCAAAAGCACCAGGAAACAGCUGAAAAGGCCAAGAGAGUGAGCACCAAAGAAAUCUAGUGAGGAGGCACCAGGGAACGGUGUCCAGAGAUGGGCACCUUCUCCUCCACUUCGGCGCUGAAUCCAGUAUACACGAGUCUGCUACAGUCGCCAAAUCACCAGUAUUUGCUUGUAUAGCAACAAGUUUUAUUUUGUCUGUUUGUUUUGCAAUAAAGGAAAUGGGGUGGCUGGCGAGAGGGGAAAGGGCCAUAACCUCCAUUUCCAGGAGGGAUUUGAGAGAAACUGUAUAAAUGGGGCUUUGGGGCUGGAGGCAAGUAAAGAAACUGCAUCAGAGUAGGGAGAGGGGCAGGUCCAGAUCUGAACCCACUUCUGAGUCUAACACGCUGCAGGGAGGGCAAGCAGUGCCAGAGAGAACUUAGCAGGUGGUACCUAGAGGAGGACUUUGGGAAGCUCAGUGGAGAAGAAGCAUUCUGCUUCCAGUUCUUUUGGUCGCUAUCAGCAUAACAGAGCCCAGCAUCUCUGCAUCUCCUCAUGGCCCCAACCACUGCCUGUAGAUACACAGCUGUCCUGCCUAGCUCCUCAGUGUCCCUCAGACUUGAUGGAGUUUCUGGGAACGUAUACCCAAAUAAUGCAGAUACUUGUGUACUCUCAGCCCCUUAGAGACCUAACCAAAUUUUAAAAAAUACUUCUUACCAAAGGUGCUAUUUUUCUGUAAAACUUUUUUUGGCACGUUGACUUCAUUUUUUCAUUAUUAUCAUUAUAUUAGUUGUAUUUUUAAUAUUUUAUUUUCUUGACUAGAAAUUACGCUUUUGUAAUUAGUUUUCCAUAGGCCUACCAUUUCAGAGGUAGGGGAACUUGGGGUUCUUCCAGGUGCAGGGACUGCUGUCACCUGACUUCCUGCCCUGCCACAUACUAGCCAUAGCCCAGAGUUUGUCCCCCUGGCUUCCAGUGGCUCAGUGGUCUGCCGGAGGAGCCAUGGUACCUCACACAGGAGCCUGGGGAAGAGGAGCAUCUCCAUACAGAGCUUUCAAGAUCCAAAAGCUAAUUUGUUUUCAGUUAUUCCGAGUUCAUUCAAAUCAGUAUUUCAAGGAUGGAGACGAGUGCAGCUAAGCGAGAUAUCCCAGCCUAUCAAUAUGCUCAUUGGUCCACCACUGACUAGGAGAGUGACUUCAGCUUUGUCUCUUCCUAUUUCAGGGUCUCAGCUUCCUCAGUGAGCAGGCAGGAAUGCAUUAACCUUUUGAUUUCAUCAAGUCUGUGAUCAUUGAUCCAUGAGAGACAAGUUCCUAUGAUUUUCCCUUCCUCCUUAGGAUAAAUGAAUAUUUGUUAGAACAAGAAGAUUUAGAAAGCCAAAACAAGAUGACCAAAUUUGACCUCGGUCUGAAUGGCCCCAGGCUGUGCUCUGAUGCAGAGCCCUCUCAGGUAAAGCCUUGGAAGAGAGCGGGGAAGAGAACCACGCCACUUGUCUACACUUCCGCGUUUCCUAUUUAACCUUAAAAUUGUGAUAGAUGAGAAGUCAGUCCUUCCUAUGUCUUUUGGCCUGUGCAGUCAUUAACCCUACUCAGUACCAUAUUUAGGAUACAUUUGGAAUAACAAAGAUUAAACACUUGACAUAAGGUCUCAUUUUCAAAAAGCAGAUUAUAGACCAGCAGAGGGAAAAUAUGUAGAUUGAUGAAAGUUGUACUGAAAAUGGAAUAUCUUCUAAAUAAGUUUCCUUGUUCUCUUUUGAAAGGAGAACACCACACUUCAUUUAGAAUUCUAAGCUUUUAUCUAUCAUCCCACUUAAAAGUUCCCUUCAAACCCCACUUGUGUGGUCUGAAAUGCUCCUCCCUGUCCAAGUGCCUUGGGAACUCCCAGCAACAGGCCUUGGUCAAGUUUGCCAGCACUUGGAUGCUAAGGGAGGGAGAGCAGGACUACCAGUUUGUUUAAAGCAAGAAACCAGAGUGUCUCCUCACAAGUUAUUUGGGACAGUGGUUGCCACCCAAGACUUAUCCUGCUCUGCAACAACGAAUUCCCAAGAGCAAAUCUGUAUUCUGCCUGUAAAUAGGGAAGCUCUUGUCUGCACUAUAGAAUCAUUCGAUCUGAUGACCAUUCAUGGAAAGCUGCUAAAUAGCCAAAUUUGUGGAGUGUUGUGUGGAGCAAAUAAGCAGGAUUAAGUUGGGUUCAGUUCCCCCAGCUCUAAAAGCACAUGGCUUAGUCUGCAAGCUUCCUUGGGCUUUCUCUGUGUGUAUACAAUUUUAUUUUAUAAACAUAUUAAUUACAGCACCUGCUAAGAUCCAGUGUCCAUGGAAACCUCACACGCCAUGACACUGGACUCCACUGCUUUUGGAAAGCAGGGCUCCUCCACCUGCUAAUAGGUCCAUGUGAACCGGUUUGAAUGUCUUUACACCUUUGUUUUAAAAUAGCCAAAUUUCAAGAAGCAAUUUGAACAGGUUUUGUUGCCUAUGUGUUUGUGAAGUGUAUUUGUAUUUAGUAGGCUUCCAUACUGCAUUUAACUUGUUUUUGUAACUCCUAUUUUUUUUUGGAUACUAUUGAUAAAUAAAGAAGUUAAAAUAAUA